CAGAGCCGAAGCGGGGGAGGUGACGGCGGAAAUCACCGAAGCGGCGGGGCGCCCCGAGACCGUUGUCGAGGCCCUCCGCGACCGCCCAGGUUGAGGGCCUGGCCCAGAUCGAGGCCGACAGGUAGCCUUAUAAGCGAGAGAGAAAGAGGGAGAGGGAGAGAGAGAUAGAGUAAGAAAGAGAAGGCAGCCCGGAACCCGAUCUGGGGACAGAGGACGAGGAGGGGGCGGGACCGAGAGCGGCCGCCGGGCAGGGGGCGGGGCGGAGCCGAACCCCACUUCCGAAGGCACCCGAGCGGAGCCGAACGCUUCCGGGGGCAGCCGAGCCCUUCCGAAACGGGCCGAGCGAGCUACGGGAGCCGAGACGGGCCGCGCGGCGCGGCGCUGAGCGGAGCAGCCGGGGCCGGAACGCAGAGGAGCCGGGCCGGGGCCGGAGCCGGGGCCGGGGCGGGCAGGCGGCAGGCGGCGGCGGACAGUGGGCGGGGGCGGCCGGCCGGCCAGGGCCCCGAGGAGGCGGCGGCGGCGGCAGGAUGAUCAAGCUGUUCUCGCUGAAGCAGCAGAAGAAGGAGGAGGAGUCGGCGGGCGGCACCAAGGGCAGCAGCAAGAAGGCCUCGGCCGCGCAGCUCCGCAUCCAGAAAGACAUUAAUGAGCUCAACUUGCCCAAGACCUGCGAGAUUGACUUUUCUGACCAGGACGAUCUCCUCAACUUCAAGCUGGUCAUCUGCCCCGAUGAGGGCUUCUACAAGGCUGGCAAGUUUGUGUUUAGUUUUAAGGUUGGCCAGGGGUAUCCCCACGACCCACCCAAGGUGAAGUGUGAGACCAUGGUUUAUCACCCUAACAUCGACCUCGAGGGCAAUGUCUGCCUUAACAUCCUCAGAGAGGACUGGAAACCAGUGCUAACGAUAAACUCCAUCAUCUACGGGCUGCAGUACCUGUUUUUGGAGCCCAACCCCGAGGACCCCCUGAACAAGGAGGCAGCCGAAGUCCUGCAGAACAACCGGCGCCUCUUCGAGCAGAAUGUGCAGCGCUCCAUGCGCGGCGGCUACAUCGGCUCCACGUACUUCGAGCGCUGCCUCAAAUAGGGGGCGGUCGGACGGACGGACGGACGGACAGCCCCGCCUCCUGGGCCGGCCCUCCUCCUCCUCCGGGCCCCCUCCCCCCGGGCGGGGUGGGGGGCGGGGCGGGACGCCCCCGGCCCCUGGGCCACAUAUUUAUUGGGGGCCGGGGCCUCGCGCUGGAGUGGGAAUGAGGAGGGGUCUCCGGUUGCACCCUGCCCCCAGUUCUUAUUUUGGGUUUAGUUUUUUUUUCAACCACGUGAUUGAUGGGCGCCGCCCUCCCCCGCCCCCGUCGUCCGGAUCAGAGAAGGGAAAUGAAUUGGAUUGUCCCCGGACCCCGCCCCCACUCCCACUCGAGUUUGUGUCAGGUUAUUAAAGGGGAAUGUUGAUGCAGUG